AUGAAUUCGGAAGAGGGGUCGCUCAACCUGUACACCUUUCUAUUACUGACCGUAAGAUUAAUAAGACAGUCAAAGUAUGGGCGAGCCCCUACUAAACCCCCUCAUUUUACAGAAGAAGAACCUCCAACAGCAAGAGUAGAACCUAAAGUCUGGAACGGCAAAACAGGGGAUAAUCACCAAUUUAAAUGCUAUGUAACUGGAAAUCCUUACCCAACAAUUUCUUGGACUGGCCCAGGAGUCGAGGAAGGGCAAUUACCCGAAGGGGUUGUUGAUUUGGGGGAUGGAGUAUUGGAAAUUACAAAUGCAAGUAAGGAAUUGCAUGAUGGGAUGUAUACCUGUACAGCUACUAAUCCGUUGGGAGAGGCUUCUGAUGAUGGAAAGGCCAAUAUUUCUCCACCUGACAGUACACCAAAAAUUACUAUUCCACCAGGCAAGCCGGCACCUGCCCGCCUAAAACUAAUUGCUGGAGAGCCUUUGGAAGUUAAAUGUGAGGCCCGUGGAGAGCCCGAACCUGACGUUGAAUGGCUACACGACCCCGGACCAGAACGAGGAGACCUUCCUGACGAUUUUGUGCCUAUCACAAUUUCCGAGCAAUUCCUCCGACACCCAAGUAUAGGCUUAGGAAAUAGUGGAUGUUACACAUGCCGAGCCAGUCAUCAAAAUGCUUUUAUAACUAAAGGAAUUUGUAUUGAAGUCAUCGAACCCUCUGGACUAGCAACUGUUGGAAUUCUCGGUGGCCAGCAUCAAUGGUUCCCCCUUGGACACCCUGUAGAAUUAGUUUGCGCAGCUUCUGUAUCUUCGCUAGUCGAGAAAGUGGAGUGGAGUAAAGCUGGUGGAGGGGAAUUGCCUCGACAUGCUGAAGCGGAUAAAGGAGGAGUUCUUCGAUUUGAUGCGUUUAAGGCAGAAGAUGAGGGCGAGUACGAAUGCAGUGCCUAUAGGAAAAACGAAGUGAUAGCCAGCAGCAGGGUGGAACUCCACCCCGAAGGAGAUACUAAACCCGAACUACUUCAAGUUGACAUAUCUCCACCAAACAUAAGGGUGGUAAAUCAAGGGGAUUCUAUUGUGCUUGAUUGUAUUGUGCACGGAAAACCUAAACCUGGUCAAAUGCUUCUCUCCUUCGACUGGUUUUACGGACGACGACCUCUUUGCCUCUUCCAUAUCUUCUCUACAGAUUCCAAUAUUAUCCAUCUGAAGCAGCUUAAACCUGAAAAUUCUGGAUUUUAUGUGGCUAUGGGCAAAUUGUCGAGUGGCAAAUUGGUCAAAAGCAGGGCAUUGUAUUUGACGCAGUCGAGUCCAAAUUUGACGAGGAUUCAGAAGCCAUAUUUACCUGCCCUGUGUUUGUAG